AGUCCAUUAUUUAGUAAUAUUACUAAAUCGACUAAAAGUCUAUGACAUGGUAUCUGAAAUCUGUGGCACAACUUUAAUCUGUCAAAGCUGUUUUAAAAACAAACCAAAUUCUUUCUGGUCGGAUCUGUCAAUCCGUAAUCAUGGCUCCUCGGUUUGAGUUAGCAGUCGGUCUCCGAAAGGGGCACAAAACCACAAAAAUAUCCGCCGGCAGGAAGGGUAUUACAGACAAAGCAAUUAAAAUCAGGCCCGCCAGGCUAAAGGGUCUCCAAACCAAACACUCAAAGUUUGUGCGUGAUCUGGUCCGCGAGGUUGUUGGACACGCUCAGUAUGAGAAGAGGGCUAUGGAGUUGCUGAAGGUGUCAAAGGACAAGCGUGCGCUCAAGUUCUUGAAGCGUCGUCUGGGCACACACAUCCGUGCCAAGAGGAAGCGUGAAGAGCUCAGCAACGUUCUGACCCAGAUGAGGAAGGCCGCGGCACAGGCUCACCAUGCCCCCACACACACUAAGUGAACAAUAAACUAAUUAAUUGUA